AUGGCUACCUCAUCCCUUGCAACCUGCACUGCGGUCGACAACACCUCCCCCCGCUGUACCUCAUCGCGGCAGGCCCAGACUCUAGUGAGGCCGUUGUAUGUUUCCACCUGGAGGGAGCCUCCUCGCGCCUACGACAGCUUCAAAAGGCUGCCUAGGCAAGACCAUCUGUACGUCGACCCGGCUGGCAAGUGCUUGUUCGACAAGAAGUAUGUAUACUAUGGCCAACGGGUCAACAAAACAGCAGCCGCCAAGUCUCUUAAGAAGAAGAAGGCGCAGAAGAAGGUUGAGAAGAGGUGCGAGGAACAGACAGAGCGGCAGGGCACCCUAAGCGCUGUCCAAUUCCAAGACAAGGCUCCAGUAGAUGGACCGGUGAUCAAACACGCUGAGCAGGAGGCGCAGCCUGCAGAGAAAAUUCGCAAUCUCCCCUAUGGUGAAUGGAGUCUCACGGUCUGGGGGUGUGUCGUCACAACUCCUGGACGCUCCAUCGCCAGACCAGACACCGAAGAGCCCCAGAUUGGCUCAGUUUCGAGCUUUGAGGAUGGGUUUCACACACGCCCCUCUAUCAGGCUGCCUGUCCCAGAUCACAUCAAGGGGAUCUUGGUUGACGACUGGGAGAACGUGACCAAAAACAACCAGCUCGUCCCGCUGCCUCACCCGCAUCCGGUCGAUCAGAUCAUCAAUGACUAUCUCGAGUACGAACGUCCGUCGCGCGACCCUGAGUCGCCGCACGUUGACAUUCUCGAGGAGACCAUGGCGGGUCUGAAGGAGUACUUUGAGAAGUCGCUUAGUCGCAUUCUCCUCUAUCGCUUUGAGCGCCCCCAGUACCACGAGAUCCGCAAGGAGUGGGAAAAGACUGGGGAGAAUGGACCCAAGUCUGUCUGCGACACGUAUGGCGCUGAGCAUCUCUGCCGUCUCAUCGUCUCCCUCCCUGAGCUCGUGGCUCAGACGACAAUGGAUCAGCAGUCCGUGAGCCGUCUGCGGGAGGAGAUCUCCAAGUUCACCGUCUGGCUUGGCAAGAAUGCUACCAAGUACUUUGUAAGCGAGUAUGAGACGCCUGCUCAAGAGUAUAUUGACCGCGCUCGCAACAUCUGA